CAAAUAUCGAACUCGUCAUUAUUUAGAUUUUCGAUUAAGAUUUUGAUAUUUAAUGUUAUCUUGUCACAUCGACUACAAAUUGCUUCGUUGCAAAAUGUAAAUAUUUUGUAACUUGAACAAGUAAAGACAUUUUUUUGUUUGUUGGCAAAAAUAAUCUCGUUGUUAAAAAUUACUGUGUAUUAUGGAAAUUUCGGGUGGUCCGCCAUCGUCGACAUCGCAUCAAACGCAAGCAACUAGUAGUAGUGUAAUAGUACAAAGUAGCCAGCCAGAGGAAGGUGUUUCUUUGACAAGCCUUUCAGAUAUUCAUCAAUUGCAUCACCAUCAUCAUCACCAACAACAGCAGCAGCAGCAGCAACAGGGCGCGUUAGUAGUUUCGGCGCUGGGCAGUGGAUCAAUUUCCGUGGCAGCACCACAUCCGAAAUUUCAUCCACUUCAUCAUUCACAUUUGCACGCAACUCAACAGACACCGGCACAUUUCGGUGCGAUACGCACACCAUCGUCCCUUCAACAGCAGCAGGCAUCUUCGUCGUCUGCAUCGAGUCCGAUUUUAUCACCACCUGGGAAAACACUAGGUCGCAAUAACAACGGAACCAUGGUUUCUACAUCAACACCGCAGAAUGAAGCUGAACUACAGUUGUAUCGUGUGUUACAGAGAGCCAGUCUCUUGGCAUAUUAUGACACAUUACUUGAAAUGGGUGGAGAUGAUGUUCAGCAGUUGUGUGAUGCGGGUGAAGAUGAAUUUUUGGAAAUAAUGGCUUUAGUUGGGAUGGCGUCAAAGCCAUUGCAUGUGCGUCGUUUUCAAAAAUCCUUAGCCGAAUGGGUGAGCAAUCCAGCGGCAUUUAAAGUGCCAUUAUCGAGUAUAGAAUCAACGCGAACUGAACCAUUUAGUCCAGAGCCCGUAACACAAUCACGUAGUCCAUUCCAUCCAAUUCCAACUUAUAGUCCGUCUUCGAUUAGCGGAGCGGCAACAAUGGGUUCAACAUUCAGUACAAUUGGAAGUAUAUCAUCACAUAUGGGCAGUUCAAUGGGUGCAGCAUCAGCCACACCGACAAGUUCAAUUCAAUUGACCCCGUCUUUGUCAGACGAACAAGUUAUCCGCCUUACUAGAGCCGCAGAAAGAGUGGCAAGUCAGUAUACAUUGUUAGAUACAAAGCCACAAAGCACAAAAAAACGAUCGACAAAAGAAAUUGAUGCGAUUAUUGCUUUGAGCGAAAACGAUCCACGACGAAUGGAGGGAAUUCGUAAAUUUUCCGCAAUUUAUGGUCGUUUCGAUUGUAAACGUCGCCCCGAAAAACCUUUGACAUUACACGAGGUGUGUGUAAAUGAGGCGGCCGCGCAAAUGUGUCGAUUUAUACCAGCGCUUUUAACGCGUCGACAAGAAUUGUUUCCGUUGGCACGGCAAGUUGUUAAAGACGCCGGUUUCGGUCAUUCAGCUGGUAUUGCUCGCAUCGCUAUGAGUCAACAAUCGACAUCAUCACGAUCGGCCGAAGAAGACACGCAAACAAAACGAAUGCGAUUGCCAAGCGACACAAGCUCUGAAUACAGCAAGGAAUAUCCGUGCCGUGAUAGUGCCGAAGAAAUGCGACACAAUUUACUGCAAAUCUAUCACAAAUUGGGAAAAUCGUUCGAUGUCGGUGAUAUUGCGGCCCGUUUCUCCAGUUCGACGCGAUACUCACGUUCCGAUUGUGAAGAUGAUUCGCGAUUCUCAUUCAGUAGUUCAAGUUCGCCACAACUUCAGUCGUCCAACGGUGGAGAUAAUGACGUUGAAGAGGAGAAUAAGAUGUUGAGUGAAAUGGUCGACGAAAAAGAGGUUACUGUAACGGCCAACAUCAAUGCAAAUGGAAACGGGUCGCUGGGUGUGCGUGUGCUAUCGGCUUCCGGCAACAAUAUCAUUGCCGUGACUAAUCCAGCUUUGGCGCUCAGUCCAACACUAGUUGAACCGAUUAAUAUUAAACGAGAAGCGACCGAUGAUUAGAUGAAUAUAUAUUUUUUUUUUAAAUAAAUAGAUAAUUUUCACAUAUAUUUUCCGCGGUAAAUUCUUAAAGUGCGAACCAUUAAUUUUGCAAAACAUUUGCAAAAUUAUUAUUUUGCACACAAAACAAAGCAACAAAUUAUCUGCAUCUUUUAAUCUCAAUAAUAGUUCAUUAAAUAUUAACCAUACUUUCUAUUCGUUAUUGCCUUUCAAUAUCAUUUCCUUAACAGAUUCGAUAAUUUUCUCUCUUUCUCUCAUAUACGAUUCGUGCAACAGUUUCUUUGUCAUCAUUUUCAAAAGAUCCGUAUAAUUUGUUGCUUUGAAAUUUAACGAAUGACUUACCUAGUUUAAAUGCAAUAGAAACUCAAAAUAGUGUUUUAUGUGAGCAAUCUAACCAAAUAUGCAGAAAGCAAUAACAUUUACAAUUUCCAUUUUUGAAUACGUUAACUUCUCUUAUUGACCAAGAACAAUAAAAAACAACAACAUCUUAUAAUCAAAAACUGUUCAUUAUUUUGCACAUUUAAUGCGAAAAAUUUCUAUACGUAUAGUUUUGGAGUUGGAAAAAAAGAAAACUCAAAGGCGAAGCUGUUAAACUAUAACUCUAUAAAA